UGCAUGUAGUGUGAGAGUGGUGUGGUACCAAAAAGAGAAAUUAAAUACACCCAAUGCAAACAUUGCAAACCAAUUCAUAGGUACAAAACUGAGCAAAAGAGAAAGAUGAAAAACAUCACAUGUUAUUUGCUACUAUUGUGCAUGUUAUUUACAACGUGUUAUUCAUUAAAUAAUGAUCUUGAUGCGUUGCUAAAGCUAAAAAAAUCAAUGAAAGGAGAGAAAGCCAAAGAUGAUGCACUCAAAGACUGGAAAUUUUCAACUUCUGCUUCAGCUCACUGUUCAUUUUCCGGUGUAAAAUGCGACGAAGAUCAACGUGUGAUUGCUUUGAACGUGACGCAAGUUCCACUCUUCGGACACCUUUCCAAGGAGAUCGGAGAGUUGAACAUGCUCGAGAGCCUUACAAUCACUAUGGACAAUCUCACCGGCGAGCUUCCAACUGAGCUAUCCAAACUUACUUCUCUUAGAAUCCUCAACAUCUCUCACAACCUCUUCUCCGGUAACUUCCCCGGCAACAUCACUUUUGGAAUGAAGAAACUUGAGGCUCUAGAUGCUUAUGACAAUAAUUUCGAAGGUCCUCUUCCAGAGGAAAUCGUUAGCCUGAUGAAACUCAAGUACUUAAGUUUUGCUGGAAACUUUUUCUCCGGUACAAUACCGGAGAGUUACUCGGAGUUUCAGAAGUUGGAGAUUUUAAGGCUGAACUAUAACAGUUUAACAGGGAAGAUUCCUAAGAGUUUGUCGAAGUUAAAGAUGCUAAAGGAACUCCAAUUAGGUUAUGAGAAUGCUUACUCCGGUGGAAUUCCACCGGAGUUAGGUUCAAUCAAAUCUCUCCGAUAUCUUGAAAUUUCUAACGCUAACCUCACCGGAGAAAUUCCACCGAGUCUUGGAAAUUUAGAAAACCUCGACUCCUUGUUUUUGCAAAUGAACAACCUCACCGGAACAAUUCCACCCGAACUCUCUUCAAUGCGGAGUCUCAUGUCGUUGGAUCUCUCCAUCAACGGACUCUCAGGGGAGAUUCCAGAAACCUUCUCAAAGCUGAAAAAUCUCACUCUCAUCAAUUUCUUCCAGAACAAGCUUCGCGGUUCAAUUCCAGCGUUCAUCGGCGAUCUUCCUAACCUCGAAACGCUUCAGGUUUGGGAAAACAAUUUCUCUUUUGUAUUGCCGCAGAAUCUCGGUUCAAACGGAAAGUUCAUAUACUUUGACGUUACGAAGAAUCACCUCACCGGAUUGAUCCCACCGGAGUUAUGCAAAUCAAAGAAGUUGAAAACGUUUAUCGUUACUGACAACUUCUUCCGCGGUCCAAUACCUAACGGAAUUGGCCCGUGUAAGUCACUUGAAAAAAUCAGAGUGGCUAAUAACUACUUGGACGGCCCGGUCCCACCGGGGAUUUUUCAGUUGCCUUCUGUACAGAUAAUAGAGCUUGGAAAUAACCGUUUUAACGGCCAACUACCAACGGAGAUUUCUGGCAAUUCUCUCGGGAAUCUCGCUCUUUCUAACAAUUUAUUUACCGGGAGGAUUCCGGCGUCCAUGAAGAAUCUCCGAUCACUGCAGACGCUGUUACUCGAUGCCAAUCAGUUUCUCGGAGAAAUUCCGGCAGAGGUCUUUGCUUUACCGGUGUUGACUAGAAUCAACAUAAGUGGCAAUAAUCUCACUGGUGGAAUUCCAAAGACGGUUACUCAAUGUAGUUCACUGACUGCAGUUGACUUCAGCCGAAACAUGCUUACCGGUGAGGUUCCUAAAGGGAUGAAGAAUCUGAAGGUUCUAAGCAUUUUUAAUGUUUCGCAUAAUAGCAUAUCUGGGAAAAUCCCUGAUGAGAUUAGAUUCAUGACGAGUCUAACGACGCUGGAUUUAUCUUACAACAAUUUUACCGGAAUUGUCCCCACAGGUGGUCAGUUUUUGGUCUUCAACGACCGGUCAUUUGCCGGAAAUCCUAGCCUAUGUUUCCCCCACCAAACAACAUGUUCUUCAUUGCUCUAUCGUUCGAGAAAAAGCCAUGCAAAGGAGAAAGCUGUCGUCAUAGCAAUCGUCUUCGCCACAGCGGUGUUAAUGGUAAUUGUAACACUGCACAUGAUGAGGAAGAGGAAGCGUCACAUGGCAAAAGCAUGGAAGCUAACAGCGUUUCAGAAGUUGGAAUUCAGAGCAGAGGAAGUAGUGGAGUGUCUGAAAGAAGAGAACAUAAUAGGAAAAGGAGGAGCUGGGAUUGUCUACAGAGGGUCCAUGGCAAACGGAACAGACGUUGCGAUAAAGCGUUUAGUUGGACAAGGAAGUGGUAGAAAUGAUUAUGGAUUCAAAGCUGAGAUAGAGACAUUGGGAAGGAUUAGACACAGAAACAUAAUGAGGCUUUUGGGAUAUGUUUCAAACAAGGAUACAAAUUUGUUGUUGUAUGAGUACAUGCCUAAUGGUAGUUUAGGUGAGUGGCUUCAUGGUGCAAAAGGUUGUCAUUUGAGUUGGGAAAUGAGGUACAAAAUUGCUGUGGAAGCUGCUAAGGGACUUUGCUAUUUGCACCAUGAUUGUUCACCUCUUAUCAUUCAUAGGGAUGUUAAGUCUAAUAAUAUAUUGCUUGAUGCUGAUUUUGAGGCUCAUGUUGCUGAUUUUGGACUUGCUAAGUUCUUGUAUGAUCCAGGUGCUUCUCAAUCCAUGUCCUCAAUUGCUGGCUCCUACGGCUACAUUGCUCCAGAAUAUGCAUACACUCUCAAAGUGGAUGAAAAAAGUGAUGUGUAUAGUUUCGGAGUGGUGCUAUUGGAGCUGAUAAUAGGAAGGAAGCCAGUUGGUGAAUUUGGAGAUGGAGUAGACAUCGUUGGAUGGAUCAAUAAAACUGAAUUAGAACUUUAUCAGCCAUCAGAUAAAGCAUUAGUGUCAGCAGUGGUGGACCCACGACUCAAUGGAUACCCUUUGACUAGUGUUAUCUACAUGUUCAACAUAGCUAUGAUGUGUGUUAAAGAAAUGGGACCUGCAAGGCCUACCAUGAGGGAAGUUGUUCAUAUGCUCACUAAUCCACCUCACUCUACAAGUCACAACUUGAUUAAUCUCUAGUAUUAGAUAAAUGAGUUCACUUCUUUGAAAAUAAAUUAACAAAAGAAAUUGUGCAAGUGAUUUGUACUUGUAUCAGAUUGGCAGAAGUGAAAUAACAAAUCAAGUGUGUAGUAUUAAAUAGGUUUGAAUUUCACAAUGUCGUGUGGUUUGAAAUAUUUUUACUGAUUGUGUUUCAUGAAAUUUUGAUAAAGGGUUUUGAGUAGUA